AUGGACGCACCACAGGACUCGGCGGCGGCCACCGACACAUCAGCCGCCAGCAGCGCGAGCAUCCACGAGCCGCCGCCACCGCCCGUACCCUCCUCCGACCCAUCCCUCGCCGUCGCCGUCGACGAUGCCGCCACCGCCGCCGACGACGCGCCGCAGGACCUGUUCAAGCUGCCGGCCGCCGAGGCGCUGCGGUUGCUGAGCGCGAGCGUCGAGCUGCUCGUGCACAUGACGGGCGACAUCCCGCCCACGCCGCCCCCGCGCAUGCCCACCGACCCGCAGAUGAGCGGUCUGCAGGCCGAAAAGGAGAGCAUUGUGCGGUCGCACUCGGAAAAGAACCUGGCGCGGCUGCGGCAGCAGCAGCAGCAGCAGCAGCAAAAGCCCAGCAGCACAGCGACACCCCCCGUGACGGGGAAGCGGCCGGCGAGCGACGAGGCGCCAGACCACGCCGGCGGCAGCAAGACGAAGCUACAGGCGUACAGCGCAGCCAUCUCGGCGCGUCUGGCCAGCCAAGCCGGCGGCGCGGCGCCGGACGAGCCGGACACGGACGAGAUUGACGGUGUGACGCUGAAGCCACAGGCGGCACGGCGGCCCUCGCCACCGGCAGCCACCACAGACACAUCAUCGGCGCCGUCGCCGACACCGUACAUCAUCGUCGGCUCCGACGCGCAGCCCAUCAACCUGCAGCACGGCGCCAUCACGCGCAAGUUCUACAGCAAGAACGAGCCACCCAUCAGCAUCCACCAGUACCUCCUGCGGCUGCACCAGUUCUGCCCGAUGAGCGCGGCCGUGUACCUGGCCGCGUCGCUGUACAUCCACCGGCUCGCCGUCGAGGAGCGCGCCAUCCCCGUGACGCGGCGCAACGCGCACCGGCUGGUGCUCGCGGGCCUGCGCGUGGCCAUGAAGGCGCUCGAGGACCUGUCGUACCCGCACGGCAAGUUUGCGCGCGUCGGCGGCGUCAGCGAGACGGAGCUGGCGCGCCUCGAGAUUUCGUUUUGCUUCCUCGCCGGCUUUGACCUCGUCGUCCGCGAGGAGACGCUGCAGGCGCACUGGGCCGUGCUGCGGGAGGGCAGGGCCGCGCGGGCGCUGCGCGGCAUGGACGAGGUGCCGACGCUGCGGCUCGAGAGGAAGCCGCGCGAAGUGGCGGCUUGA